AUGGUAAGGAUUUCAAUUCCACAUAUUAUAGGCUUCUCUUUUGAAUAUGGUUUAAGGGCAACCUCUAAUUGAAGUGACAUUAGAUGGUGUAGAGACACGCAAGCACACAAGAUUUUAGGAUAAAUAAUUGGGGGCUUUGAGGUUACCAGUCUAUUCUGUAUUUGAUAUUGAAUAAAUUUUAUUAAUUAGGGAGAUGAUGAUAUAUCAGGAGUGAUAGAAGUAAAGAUGAACAAAUAAAAAAAAAUAGAACAUCUAGGAAUUCGUGUAGAGUUGAUUGGACGUAUCGGUAAGUAUUAUAUAUUAAUAAAAGAAAUUCUCAAUGAUCAAAAGUAAAGUUCAGAUUUCAUGUCAAUGUCGAGAGAAUUAGAACCAUAAGGUUUUUUGUUUGAGGACAAAACAUAUAAAUUUUAAUUUUAGAAGUUUGAGAAGCAAUACGAAAGUUAUUAUGGAAACACAGUUAGAUUAAGAUACUAUUUGAAAGUUUAUAUGACUAGAAGUUAUGGCAAAGUAUAGAAAGAAGUAGACUUUGCUGUUUUGAUUCCAUAACCAGAAUUAGAGGAUUAACCAUAAACUUCAUUAAAGUUGGAAGUAUAUAUAAACAUAAAUUUAAUAUAGGUUGGUAUUGAAGAAUGUUUACAUAUUGAUUUUGAAUAUUUUAAGAGUAGAUAUCAUUUGAGAGAUGUAGUGACUGGAAAAGUGAAUUUCUAUUUGGUCAAAAUCAAAAUUAAAUAUAUGGAAUUAGCAGUAAUCAGAAAGGAAUAAUAUGGAUAAGGACCUCAAUAAUAGACAGAUAAUGAGACAUUAGUCAAAUAUGAAUUAAUGGAUGGAUGUCCUUAGAAAGGAGAAGUGAUUCCAAUUAGAUUAUAUUUAAGUGGAGUAGAUGUGACACCAUCUGUAAAAAAUGUUAGUGGUAAAUUCAGUGUCAAAUAUAUAUUGAAUUUGAUAUUAGUAGAUGAAGAUGAUAGAAGAUAUUUUAAAUAAUAAGAAAUAACAAUUUAUAGAAAGAAAUGAUU